AGGGGUUGUGACUAGUCGAAUCACAUUCUAAAGAAUUGAUCCAGAGCAUAAAAUAAAGGGUAACAUAAAAAGAUGGUGUCUUUACCCCGACGCCUACUACAAUUGGAACCAUUUGCAGCCCAGUAGAGUUGCGAUGAGGUCCGGCAGGACAAACCCCUAUCCUCCCUAGUUUUCGUUCUCAACAACGAUGGACACCCGUGUCCCCCAAAAAACUAAGGCGAUCGGGGCAAGGUUCGACGUUUUUCCACCAGUGCAGCGUCUUUGGUUUCCCUUGCUUUCCUGUGUGUGUCGAGUGUGUCUUUACUUUUCCGGUUCUUUUCUAGUUGUCUUUGGGUGUCCUCACUAGUUUCUGGGGCACCGUCUAUGGAAUCUCUGAUGUUAGAAAAUACAAAAUAAAUAAAAAUUCAAGAAUGGGUGAAAAACAGAUAUGGAUAGGACACUACUCUAGCUCUCAUAAGAUAUUGUUGGUUGGAGAGGGAGACUUCUCAUUUUCUGCUUGUUUGGCUCGAGCUUUUCGCUCUGCCACUAACAUGGUUGCAACCACUCUUGAAUCGGAAGAUACUCUAUUGAAGGAACAUUGGAGCAGUGAGGCACAUGUGGAUGAGUUGCAGAGAAGAGGAUGCAAAGUGUUGCAUGAAGUUGAUGUAUAUGACAUGGACCAGCAUCCCACCCUUAUGUUCAAGAAAUUUGAUAUGAUCGUCUUCAACUUUCCUCAUGCAGGCCAUGACUAUUGGCUAUGCGAAAGAGACAAUGAGCUCAUACGAAGGCACAGGGGUUUGCUAGAAGCAUUUUUCCGAAGUGCCAGUGGGAUGCUGGGCGAAGGUGGGGAAAUUCAUGUUUCACACAGAGAAGGCUACCCUUAUGAUAAAUGGAAGUUGAAGGAGCUUGCUAAGAAAGCCGGCCUGGUUUUGAAAGAGAAAGUGUGGUUCGAAAAGUCGGACUACCCUGGGUACCACCAGAAGAGAGGUGGAGGCAUCGAGAGCAACAAAACAUUUCCUCUCAAAGAAUGUUACACCUUCAAGUUUUCACUGAAACAUGAAACAAGUGUCCUUGAUUCAGAAGAAGCAACUUCAAAAUUGCAGAGGAAGCUAGAGGAAUUACACCUUCCCCAGCACAAAACAUUUAUUCCUCCAAAUCACAUCCAUGUUCCUGAAUCUGAAAGAUUCAAGUUGACUUUUGGAAGUUUUGGGGCUGCUGACUUUGUCAGUGGUCCUGAGACUGAUAAGAGCUCGCAUAUUAUGAGUGGAUGUGGGUUCAGGGUUUCAAUCUCAAACAGAGUGAGGAAGGCGAUCCAGGACAGCAAGGAGAUAACGGGAAAUCAUAGUGAGGAGGAAAUCUAUGCAAUGCUCAAGAGAUGUUACAUGGAUCCCAACGAGACAGCCCAGAAGCUUCUCUAUCAAGAUCCAUUUCAUGAGGUCAAAGGGAAACGUGACAAGAGAAAAGAGAAACUGAACAACAUAGAGUCUGCAGAGUCGCCGUGGAGAUCUGGAAUGCAGGGACGGGAAGAUGCUGGUGAUGGUGGAAAUUCCGCUCCUCGAUUUGCUCCCUCUCUUCCAAUCUCUCGUAAGACAAAAAAUAAACAGCGAAGUCUGGUAACAAGCUCUGGACCGAUCAUUGUGGAUGGUCCAACCAAUGUGGCUGAUGGAUGGUCGCCUGUUGUGCUUCCCUCCCAUUUAUCUGGAUGGGAUUUAUGCACAUCAGCUGAUGGAUGGUCUGAUGUGCAUCCCUCCCAUUUAUCUGAUGGAUGGUCUGAUGUGCAUGCCCCCCCUUUAGCUACUGGAUGGGAAUUAUAAUUUUAUUUCAUUAGGUAGGAAGUGGAGGGGGAAUAUUACGUUGGAUUUUGCUCGGACUCAAACCGUUUUUUUCCUGACUCUUCAUACUUAAAUUUUAAGUUCGCCACUCUUAAGUUUAAUUUUUUUCAU